GAAAAGCAAGAACACCAAAAGCAAAAAGAAAAAGGCUAAUUUGUAUGUUACUAAAAAAUCGAAAUAUUUUUAGUCACAUUCAAAUAGUGAUAUGAAAAAACAAAAAUAGUUACACUAUCGUUUGUUAAUCAUUGAUUGUAAUAUUUUAGCAUUUCGUGGAGUUUAAGGAAACACAUAAAUAUAUAUUUUUUAAAAAAAAUUGAAACAUCUUUUAACAUUUAAUGAAAAAUAAUUUAACCAACCAACAAAAAUACAGCAUAAUAUAAGUGUUUAACUACUUUAUAAACAUUUUAAAUAUCUUGAAUAAUUCAAAGAAGUAUAUCAUUUUGGGUAAGAAAACUUACUUUAAAAAUUGUGUACCAAACACGAUGAAUGUUAACAAGGGCAUUACAAACCGUCCAUAUAUUAAGAAAUAGUCGUUUUGAAACACUAAGAAACAGUCUAAAUAACAAAAAGCAAAAGCUCUGCGGUACAUCUCUUACAAAUAGAGACAUAAAUAUUGAAUUAUUGCAUCAUGUUGUACUAUAUACUAUAUACUAUAUGAACCAAGGGAAAUUCACCACCGAACAAUUCAUCUUGUUGAAUGUGGUAAUAUAACCAAACAUCUUAAGAGGGUGACAAAUUUGAUUUGUGUGAUACCAAUUUUGGCCUACUAAAAACGUUCGGUGACACUGUUACAGUGGAAAUGAUGAACAGCGAGGGUGAAUACAGUGUAUUGGCCAUAAGAAUAUGUUAUUUCAUCUUUUCGAUUGCAUAGCAACAAAAAGAAAGUAUUUCAGUAUAUUUCAAGUUUCCGUAGCUCUCUACGGAUUAGUCUUCUCUGUGACGAACAGUUCCGAUACCACUGUCAUGGUGUCACCAUUCAUUUUUCUUUGUUAUACUAAGAUUGUGAUUGGUAAUUUUAGAAUAAAUGAGAGAAAAAUUAAAAAGUGAAAAAGAGUGAAAAGGUAAAAAUGGGAAAGAAAAAAAGUGGAGUAAAUAUUUUGUCCAUUUUUCCCAUUUCAAUAGUAAUUGGAGGGGAUAAAAGAAAAUAUGUUUUCACUUGAUUAGUAGUUUACGAGAGUAGUUAAGAGUAACUAACUUUUCUACUUAAAUAUUUAUUCUAAAAGAGAUUUUCAGUGAAAGCUUAAGAUUAUAUCAUGUUUUUCAUUUCUAUAGAAGUACAUAGAAACAAAUUGCAGAAGUCCAAGAAUAUAAGCUAAACAGAGCGUCUAAAAUGAUGAAACUUAAAAAAAAGAGAGGCCUGGACCGACAUUAAGAAGCAUGAUCAGACUGAGCUUUCGGUUUAAGCGAGCUACCAAAAAAAGAAUAAAUAAAUUAUUUUUGAAGUAUCUUGAUCAUAAAAUUAUUAUUAUUAUUAUUCCUUAUUCAAUGGAAUAUGAAAGAAAAAUUGUAGUAAUUUUAUUAACAAUCCAUGUCAGGUUUUAACCGGUUUUAAAACUAUUUUAUUAUUAUUAUAUAAAAUCCGGAGGCAUCUCUGCGGAUCAAGGUCCGAAUGAUUAAUGUCCUUGGAAUUUGUUUAUCGACACCAAACGGAUCCAAUUGUUUGCAAUGAGAACUAGAUAUUACGUUGCAUAACCACGCAAGCGGGAUAUAUAUGUGUUGUUGCUAAAGGGUUUGCAAUUAAUUAUAGUUUGUUGACCACAAAAAAAACAGUGAUCUAAUUGCAGGUAUACCUUACCCAUCACUAAGUGUUUAUAUAUACACAUAAUUUAUAUGUACAUUAUAAUAUCAAUUCAAAGCGCCCGCGCGCAUACACAAAUUAUAUUGCGGUUUUAUCAUCCACUGAAUCCAUAAAGAAAGAAAAUGAUCGUUAGAAGAAUGGUUACAUCGGAAUCCAAAUUCGAAAUCGACACAGUCGCAUGCUUAGUUUACUUUUGUAUUGCUUUCUUCUACAAGAAAAAAUCAUUUUUAUUAUUAUAUCGGUUGAUCCGGUCGGUUCCGGGAAGAAUCACACUUAAUGGUACAGGGUAAAUUGGUUACCAUACUAUCUGAUCCGAGUUUAUAAUACUUUCCGACUAAUCUCAGAAAAUAGACCGAUAAUCUAUUACGAUCUACCAUGUUAACCACUUUAACUGAAAUUCAAACCUAAACUGACCAAAUAAUGAUAAUUUUGUUUCUAGGAGAAAUCGAUCUCAUAAAUGAUGUGGAUACAUACCAAACCCUAAAAAUUGCCAUUAGAAUACCACCACUUAGUUAAAAGAGAAAAAUCAUUGCUUUGUCUGCCUUCUCACAAGUCGCAACACAUGUAAAUGCAGAUCCCUUUUGCUUGAAAAUUGAUUAGUCAUCUGAAGCUUUUGUUAGUUGUGACUAAAUCUCUAUAACUCUUUAUUUCACCCAUUAAAAUUUAUACUCAUUUAGAUUUAUCAGGAUAUAGAAUAUCUGAAUUCUUUUUUUUUUUAAUGUAAUACAAAGACUUCAUUCAAGACUGGUUCAUAAUAUAUUUGAGAUAAAAAAAAUUAAAGUAGUUUUCCUUUUUCAAACAUAAAUUGUUCGCUGUUACUAAAAUAUAAGAACUUAAUAAUGAUUUUAUAUUAUUCAAGCUUUGGAUGGAUCAAAUAUGUAACAUUUUAAAGAAAAAUAUAGAUUAUGCGGAAUUAUAUAUAUAUUGCGUUAGUUCACAGAAAAAAUGAUUAACCCAAUAUUUUCCAAAAAUAUGGGAUAUCUCUAAAACAGAAAUGAAGAGAAAGAUACUCAACCAUGAAGAUUAGCAAACCUUUUACCUUUUCUAUCAUAUGAAACGUAUAAUUUAAUAUGACAACACAAGUUUAGAAAUUUGGUUCUAAAAGUUCGAAAAAAAGAACAAAUAAAUGCUGAGAAAUUUGGUUUUCUAUCAGCUUGCUCGCUUACACUAACGUGGAUCUCUCUGAAUAGUGUUAUUUUGUAAAUUAACUAUGGCCGUGAAUAAGAUUAUUACAACUAAAAUAACUUACAUACGCACAUGCAUGUGAUAUAUAUAUACACGUAUUCUCUUUAAUUAGGGUAGGAACAAUUAUAAUCAUGGCUCCAAAACAAUAAGCCAGCGAGGUAUUGCAAGAUAGUCAGAUAAGUGUCAUGAUUGUUUCCUUGAACGGGAAGGAGAAACGCAAGGUCGCUUUCAUUUCAAUUCCUUAAACUUCUUGAGUUUCGCUUCGUCAUCAAAUACAUAUAUAUACAUACUUGUCUAUGUAUGCAUCAGUACAUAUAUUUAUACCAACGUCUCAUCGUGUUUCUAUAAAUAUAAGCAAACCCACACACACAUAUUCACAUCUCUCUUCUCUUGUGUUCUUCCUUCUUAUCAUUUAGAAUUUGCUUUUAACGUAAAAUGGUUAGCGCGACAGUUGCAAGAAACAUUGCCGGCAUUUUUGGAAAUGUCAUCUCCUUGUUCUUGUUCCUCUCUCCCAUACCAACAUUCAUAACAAUAUACAAGAUGAAGAAGGUGGAGGAAUACAAAGCCGACCCGUACUUAGCCACCGUGCUGAAUUGCGCAUUAUGGGUCUUUUAUGGCUUACCCAUAGUCCAUCCAGAUAGCCUUCUUGUGAUCACUAUUAAUGUCACUGGUCUGGCCAUUGAACUCUUCUAUCUCUCAGUCUUCUUCUACUUUUCUCCCACCCAACGCAAGGUGAAAGUGGGGAUAUGGCUGAUAGGAGAGAUGGUGUUUGUAGGAAUAGUAGCCACAUGCACAUUGCUAUUGUUCCACACACAUAACCAGAGAUCUACUUUUGUUGGAAUCAUUUGUGUCAUUUUUAUUAGCAUCAUGUAUAUUGCUCCUCUCACCAUCAUGAGUAAGGUGAUCAAAACCAAAAGUGUGAAGUACAUGCCGUUCUCUCUCUCACUUGCCAACUUUCUGAACGGAGUCAUUUGGGUUAUUUAUGCCCUUAUUAAAUUCGAUCUUUUCAUUUUGAUUGGAAAUGGACUAGGAACAAUAUCAGGAGUAGUACAGCUUAUACUAUAUGCUUGUUAUUACAAGACAACACCAAAAGAUGAAGAAGAGGACAAUCUUUCUAAGGCUAACUUGCAACUCAGUGGUAACGAGGAACAUGCAAAGCGAGUUUCAGCUUGAUUACAUCUUGGAUUAAUCAAAUAUUCAAUUGGUUUUCUUUUUCUAAUUUAAGCUUUCGUGUGAUUUAUCUAAAAGUACUAAGAUGCGAUAUUAUAUUUAGUUCUCAAUCUGUGAAAGUCAAACUCCUUUUUCGUCUAAGAAAGAUAUUAACUAGCACAUGCUACAGAUAUAAAUCUGUGUAUUUGAGGAAAGUUUGCUGAGUUAAUAUGCAUGCACAAUCAAAAUUAAGUAGUCACCAACCGUAAAGGGGGAAAAUCAGUGUCUUCUCGAGAAAAAUUGGUGAUAUUUUAUUUCUUUAAGUGAAAAUGUGGAAAAGGAAUAAGAGUCAAUUUUCGUUUUUCA